UGUCUCCAGUUCAGUCAACGUUGAGACGUGUAUCCGAGCGUUCGUGCAGGUAUUAUCCGUGUCAAUAAAGUUAUAGCGAGAGUGCAACCGAAAAUCAUACUGAAAUAUCGUCGGUUUGGUUUGAUACAAAAAAAAAGGAAAGAAAAAUUGCCUAAGUGGAAGGGUAAAAACCGAUAAGGCUCGUGUCUCGGAGUCAUUGCCCUUUGUGUCUGCCGUAGAAUCAAAUGAGAUUUCAGCGAAAAUAAAAGUGCUGAGUGAAAAUCAUACGUGAGGCUUACAUUGUGAAGUGUUGUGUUUUUUUUGUGAAAUAUAGAUCCAGUAAAGGACGUUUUUCUCAUCGGUCAAGAGAAGCUGUGCACUGUGAAAGCUGUGGAAUACUAACCGGUGGAAAAAGUUCGUAGCUCGGUUGUUUAAGCGAACGACCCGAAUCGGUGUGACAAAGCACAAUCUAUGUCUCCGGUGUCGGAAGCUGCCGAUGCAGCGUCGUCUGAGGAUUGUUCCGAGCAUCGAUCAGCAUCACUCAAUGACAGUGCGGCAGUGCAAGGGGCGGCGGAGGCGGCGACAUUUUUGGAGCAAAGUUAUUCCCGAGAUAUCGAGGCGGCUCAUUCUCCAGCGAGCUCUAGCAGUUCUGGAAUAAGCACAGCAAAUUUCUCGGUGAUAAAUUACGUUGGCAAGAUACAAAAGCAAUCAAAUCAGAGAUCUACGGUGCGCUGUCGGACACCGUAUGAGCGCCAGACCCUCUCCCGGACCAGCUGUAUUGAAUCGGCGGACGAAACCACUAGCUCCUCGAUCGCGUCCUCGCUUGAUGACUGUUCGGCGACGAGUGGUUCGAUAUUCGUCAUUCAGGACGCCGCCGAAAUGGCUGACGCCGAGAGCGAUCGGGAACAGUUGGCUCAACAGCAGCAACCACGUCCUCGCCACGGUCCCAGAAGCAGAAGGUCGCUGAGCGUUUCCUCGAGUGGAUGUUCGAGCACCAUGGACGAUCGGAAUCGCGAUCUUUCGCCGAUAGGAAGCAUAAACAGUUGUCGUUGCACCUCCCUCAGGAUGUCGGAUUUUGACGAUGAUGGUUUUCGCGAGGACAACAGUGUAUCCUCGGAGUACUCAGUAUUUUCAUCCUCACGGCCCUAUCAGCCACAUCAUCCGCUGCAUUGCAAUCACCAGAACGUUCCGCACCACCCGAACAACACCAGGGGACUCUACGACAUAGCACUGAGAACCGUCAAGCUUAUUCGGCGAAAUCAGGAACUACAAAUGCGACUGGUUCAGUUACAGCAGGAAACGAACGCAUUUAUCGAUUCCGUGAUGGCAAAUCCAGAAAACGAAACACUUCGAAGCCAAUAUCAGAAACAAAGCCCCGCUAUCGUGGUCCACAAGUAGAUGAGUGUGAGGGAAUUACUGAUCUCAACCAGUUGGUUCAACAAUAUCCUCGACCGCUCAUAUGUAGAAAAAGUCUGAUUGUUGUUCCUCCAUCGCAUUAUGACUGAUGAAUUAUAGCGCAUCAAAACUGCUUAAUUGAGAUAGAACUGUUGAGUUUUCCACAAAUGCGUAGUUGUUGUAGGCUCGUUUAUUUGAGUUCCACAUCUUAUCCUGUGAAAAAAGGUGGUGUUUCCAAGAACUAUUUUACGUUUCCACUGUGACUUGUGAAUUAGAUUGUUAGGAUGGGCGUUGCGUAGGACGUUCAUUCGCGAACCAGGUUAGCAGAACACUUGAAAAGCAAUCAUCAGUGAACAAUGUAGUAGCUAAGGUUCUAGCGUCAUACACGAUGUGUUUAUUUGAAUUUUAUGCGGUACAUUAAACUGUUAGUGACAUAGGCGCUUAUACAAGAAAAAGAAUGAAAAGCAUUGAAUAAAACGUAGUAUACGUAGUUUAAGGAACCUCUACUGUUCAAUAAAAUAUUUUAAAACAGAAAAUUUA